CGUGACUUCCUGUAGCUGGUCUGGAGAUGCUGGCAGGUGAGCCGCGUUGACGUGGAAGGAGUCGGUGGGACGCCUCUGAGCGCCUGGAAAAGGGAGUGAGAAGAGAAAUGACCUAAACUAACUUUCAGCCUUUGAGGCCAAGGGCCGGAAGGAGGGCGAGGCCAGAAGUAUGGCUGUGCCUAGGAAUUUGCGAAGGCAGCCUGCAAAUGGAUCCCUUGUGUCCCAUUGCACUCAUCACCACAUUGCUGUGUUCCUGCUUACCUUCUUCAGUUACUCCCUGCUCCAUGCUUCCAGAAAGACGUUCAGCAAUGUCAAGGUCAGCAUUUCCAGCCAAUGGACUCCUUCCGACAUAAAUACCACGGCCCUGGAGCUCCAGCCAUAUGAGCUCUGGAACAGUAGCCAUUUAUUUCCCAAUGCAGAAGAAGCCACUCUUUUCCUGGGGACGUUGGACACUAUCUUUCUCUUUUCCUAUGCUGUGGGUCUCUUUGUCAGUGGCAUAGUUGGGGAUCGCCUGAAUUUACGAUGGGUCUUGUCUUUCGGCAUGUGCUCCUCUGCUUUAGUGGAAUUUGUAUUCGGCACUCUCACAGAAUGGCUGCAUUUCUACAACAAAUGGUUCUACUGCUGCCUAUGGGUUGUGAAUGGCUUGCUGCAGUCCACUGGCUGGCCCUGUGUUGUUGCCAUCAUGGGCAACUGGUUUGGAAAAGCUGGGAGGGGUUUUGUUUUUGGACUCUGGAGUGCCUGUGCAUCAGUGGGGAACAUUCUGGGAGCAUUCCUUGCCUCCUGUGUUCUGCAGUAUGGCUAUGAGUAUGCCUUCCUGGUGACAGCAUCAGUGCAGUUUGCUGGAGGAAUCAUUGUUUUCUUUGGGCUUUUGAUUUCCCCGAAAGAAGUGGGCCUCCCUGAGCUUGGAGAAGAACAGGAGGGCAGUGCUGAAGAAGAUGCAAACAAACCCUUAAUCAGCAACAAUGAGGAGGAUGAGGAUGAUCAAAAUUACUCUAUUCAAGCACCUGAUACUAGCAACCAGCCGAAGGCCAUUGGCUUUUUCCAAGCUUGUUGUCUACCAGGUGUUCUACUGUAUUCCCUGGCCUAUGCCUGCUUGAAACUAGUGAAUUACUCCUUCUUCUUCUGGCUGCCGUUCUACCUCAGCAACAACUUUGGAUGGAAGGAGGCUGAAGCUGACCAGCUUUCAAUUUGGUACGAUGUGGGAGGAAUCAUAGGUGGGACAAUCCAAGGCUUGAUUUCCGAUAUGCUACAGAAGCGAGCUCCAGUGCUAGCGAUCAGCUUGCUUCUGGCUAUAGGGUCUCUCUUUGGAUACAGUCGUUCUCCAAACAGCAAACCCAUCAACGCGUUCAUCAUGGCCAUUACAGGGUUUUUCAUUGGAGGCCCAUCUAACAUGAUCAGCUCUGCGAUUUCUGCUGACCUGGGACGUCAAGAAUUGGUCAGAGGGAACAGUGAGGCUCUGGCAACAGUCACAGGAAUUGUGGACGGAACUGGGAGCAUUGGAGCUGCAGUGGGCCAGUAUCUAGUUUCUUUGAUCCAGGACAAUCUGGGAUGGAUGUGGGUUUUCUAUUUCUUCAUUCUUAUGACAAGUUCAACAAUCCUGUUCAUCUCACCGUUACUAGUGAGGGAAAUUAGAUUGCUCCUGCAUGAGAGACGCUUGCGUACGCGGACUGGGUGACUGCCGCUUCCCUUCAGAGGGACUGUCCAAGGAAAAUCAACAACUGGGAGACAAAUCAAAAUUCUGGGAGGUUUAUGUUUGUUUUCUUUUCUCCCCCUCCUGCCCUGCAAGUUUGGACUAAUUCAGAAUGUGCCACAAGGUUUUGCAGACCAGCCUUGGAGAACUUGCUGUUGGAAUACCAAAUAGAUCGAGGCCAUCUGCAACAUGGAGCUACUGUUCCAAGAUAGAGGGAUGAAUCAGUUUGGCUGUAGUCCCACCGGAGCCUUUCAAGUCAGCAAGUGCGCUCUUUCCUCGUGGUUUGUGGUCCCAUUGCCAUAACCUUUACUGAUUAUUUCUGGAUGUCCUGAUGACAAGUGUCAGAUAUUUAAAACUGAAGAUGGGGAGUCAAUGUUACAGUGAAUGGUGAGACCUCAUUAUGCUGCAGAAACCGUACAGCCCACUUCGUGAAUAUUCUGAAGUUCUUUCUUGCUUUGGUUUAGAAGAAUGAGCAAAAAGUUUAUUUGGAAUCGGA